AUGUCGACCAACGCAUCGGGCGGCCUGACCCGCCGAAGAGGUGGUGGAGGCGGCGGCGGAGGCGGCGGCGCGGGGGCCGGCGGCGACGAGGGCAGCAGCAACGCGGGCGCCAUUGGCCGAUCCGACUCGUCGAGCAACUUUCAAAAAGACAGCAGCAGCAGCGCGCCCGAGACGAGCUACGAAAAGGGCGAGAACGGCCACAAGAUCGCCUUUGACCCGCGCGACAUCAGCGAGAGCACCGAGCGCAGCAAGCAGCCCAAACUGACGCUCAUGGAGGAGGUGUUGCUGCUCGGCCUCAAGGACAAGCAGGGCUAUCUCUCUUUCUGGAACGACAACAUCUCGUACGCCCUCCGCGGCUGCAUAGUCAUCGAGCUGGCCUUCCGCGGCCGCAUUAGCAUGCAAAAGGACCCCUCCAGGCGGCGGUUCCCCUUGGCCGAUCGCUUGGUGGAGGUCAUCGACGACUCGCUGACCGGGGAGGUACUGUUAGACGAGGCUUUGAAGCUGAUGAAGUCGAGUGAAAAGAUGAGCGUCAGUUCAUGGAUCGACCUGCUGAGCGGCGAGACCUGGAAUUUGAUGAAGAUUGGCUACCAGCUCAAGCAGGUGCGCGAGCGCCUCGCCAAGGGCCUGGUGGACAAGGGCAUCCUGCGCACCGAGAAGCGCAACUUCCUCCUCUUCGACAUGGCCACGCAUCCCGUGGUGGACAGCGGCGCCAAGGAGGAGAUACGCCGGCGCGUGCGCAACGUGCUGACCCAGCGCACCGUCGUCCUCCCCGGCUCCCAGUUCCUGCCCGAGAACCUCGAGUUCCGCUACAGCCGCACCAUCGCCCUCGUCUGUGCCGCCUACGCCGCCAACGUCCUCGAGAACGCCCUCAGCACCCUUGGCCACGAGGCCCGCGAGCGCGCAUUUGCCCAGACCGACGAGCUGCUCGCCGAGUACAGCCAGUGGCCGUUUGGGAAGAAGGCCACGGCGCACGGCAUCGGUGCCAACCUGCCCCAAGUCAUCAGUGAUGAAAUUUCAAAGGGCAAAGAUAAAGAACUCCAACUCGAAGUGGUCGCAGCAUGCUUGAGCGUUUUCACCCGGCUCGACUCACUGUUAUAA